AGCAUGCCGAGAGACCCGUUAAUUGGGCUGGUGGGCAAGCCAUCUAGCGGAAAAUCGACGACGUUGAACAGUUUGACCGAUGCGUCUUCCAAAGUUGGAAACUUCCCUUUCACCACCAUCGAUCCCCAGCGUGCCAUCGGAUACCUCCAGAUUGAGUGUGCAUGCCAGCGACAUGGCGUGUCGGAUCGGUGUAAGCCGAACUAUGGCGGCUGCGUGGAAGGACGGCGAUCCGUGCCUAUCGAACUUUUAGAUGUUGCCGGUCUCGUGCCGGGAGCGCACCAGGGUCGGGGACUGGGUAACAAAUUCUUGGAUGAUCUGCGACAUGCCGAUGCCUUGAUCCAUGUGGUGGACGUGAGCGGUACUACGGAUGCUGAGGGCAAGGCAACGCGCGGUUACGACCCGUCGGUAGAUAUUGAGUGGUUGCGAUCGGAAAUUGUCCGAUGGAUUCUGGGCAAUCUGAUGCAGAAAUGGGGAUCGAUCAAGAGGAGACACACUGCGAUCAAGUCCACCGCAGUGGAAACCUUGCAGGGCCAGUUUUCUGGUUACGGAAGUACAUCGCAAACCGUCGCACGGUGCCUAGACCGAAUAGCCAUUAAAGAACCCCUGGAACAUUGGUCAGACGAGACCGUCCAGCGGGUUGUCGAGGCCUUUAUCGACGAGAAGUUCCCCACCGUGUUUGCUCUGAACAAGAUUGAUCAUCCCGACGCGGACAAGAAUAUUAGCAAAAUCGCCAAAAUGCAAGAUCCGCAAACGAUUGUCCUCUGCUCUGCCAUCUCGGAAGUCUUCCUUCGGAGACUGGCGAAACAAGGCUACGUCAAGUACAUCGAAGGCAGCGAGUUUGUCGACACAAAGGAAGAUCUCGAGGAGAUGGGCGAGCCCGACGGAGGCGGGCUGAAGGAGAUGGAUGAGAAGCUGAAAACCCGGGUUGAGAACCUGAAAGACAUGGUUCUGUAUCGUUUCGGAUCUACAGGAGUUGUGCAGUGUCUCUCGCGAGCUGCGGAACUCUUGGGCCUGGUACCGGUGUUCCCAGUGCGGAAUAUCCAUACGUUCUCAUCAGGCACUGCGGGGUCCGGCAAUGCCGUAUUCCGAGAUUGCGUUUUGGUUAAGAAGAACAGCACAGUGGGCGACGUCGCCCACAAGGUGAUGGGAGACAUCCCCAUCUCCUACAUUGAAGGUAUCGGGGGCACCCGGGUGUCGGAAGACGACAUUGUUGAAGUAGGGAAACAUGAUGUUCUCUCAUUCAAACCCGGACGGUGAAGAGCCACCCAUCCUAUGUACAGUUAAUAUGAUUGUUAAUGAAACAAUGACCGCAAUG